UGGGCGCCGCCGACGACGAGCCGACGGAGCGCGUCGAGCCGCUGGCCGAGGAAGAGGAGUCGAGCCGCCAGGCGGAGAGCAUGCGCAAGCUGGAGCGCGAGAACGAGUCGCUGCGGCACGCCAUCGAGAACUACCGCGAGCUGGAGCGACGGCGCGCGUCCGGCCCGAGCGCCCCCGGCACGGCCGGCGGUGAGGACGCCGAGGACGGCGAGGAGGACGAGGUGGAGAAGGCCGUCGAGGUUUCGCCAAACGGGACGUUCCUCAAGUUCAACGAGGAGAUCGGACGCGGCAGCUUUAAGACCGUCUACAAGGGAUUGGACACCACCACCGGCGUGUUCGUCGCCUGGUGCGAGCUGCAGCUGAGCGGCAACCGACUGAGCAAGAAGGACCGCGACCGGUUCCGGGAGGAGGCUGACCUGAUGAAGGGCCUGACGCACCCAAACAUCGUCCGCUUCUACGACUUCUGGGAGGUGGACAAGCCGAAGCGUAGCUGCAUCGUGUUGGUUACGGAGCUCAUGACGUCAGGCACUCUGCGCACGUACCUGAAGAACUUCGGCCAGAAGAAGGUGUCGCUGAAGAUCAUUAAGCUGUGGUGCCGCCAAAUCUUGCGUGGCCUGCAGUUCCUGCACUCGCGCAACCCGCCCAUCAUUCACCGCGACCUCAAGUGUGACAAUAUCUUCAUCUCGGGCACUACCGGCCAGGUCAAGGUUGGCGACCUGGGCCUGGCUACGCUCAAGAACCGGUCGUUCGCCAAGUCGGUGAUCGGCACGCCCGAGUUCAUGGCUCCGGAGGUGUACGAGGAGCACUAUGACGAGGCGGUGGACGUGUACGCCUUCGGCAUGUGCAUGCUGGAGAUGGUGACGGCCGAGUACCCCUACUCGGAGUGCACCGGGCCGGCACAAAUCUACAAGAAGGUCAUCACGGGCAUCAAGCCGUCGAGCUUCGAGAAGAUCGAGGACGCGCAAACCCGCGAGCUCAUCGAGUGGUGCACGCGGCUCAACAACAAGGAGCGGCCCACCGUGAAGCAGCUGCUGAACCACGAGUUCUUCGCCGAGGACUGCGGCAUGCGGCUGGACGUGGCCAACCGCGAGGAGACGGUCAGCUCGGACCGCAGCGUCAUCGAGCUGCAGCUGCGCGUGCUCGACGCCAAGAAGCGACGCGACACGCACAAGGAGAACGAGGCCAUCCAAUUCAACUACGUUCUCAACAAGGACAACCCUGAGGAGACGGCCAAGCAGAUGGUCAUGUCCGGCCUGCUGGCCGAGGAGAACUGGCGCCCCGUGGCCAAGAUGAUCGUCAACCAGAUCCAAAGCCUGGUGCGCGCCCGCGAAGAGAAGCGGCGCGAGCAAGCCGUGCCGCAGACGCAGUCGGCGCCGGCGGCCGGACCGGCGCCGACCGCCCCCGGCGCCGCCGUCCACGCUUCCGUGCACGCGUCAGCCUCGCUGCCCGCCGUCAGCGCACCGGUCGACACCUCCGUGUCCACGGAGAGCGACGCUGCGCUCAGCGAGAAGAAGGAGAAGAAGAUCCGGCCGCGGCGGCGCAAGACCUGCGAGCGGUUGCCCCGCCUCACCGUACUCGAGGUGAAGGGCAGCGACAACGGCCCGGUGGUGUCCUGUCUGCUGGAGACCAACCAGUCGCAGGCGAUCACGUUCAAGUUCGACCUGCACGAAGCGGACGUGACAGCCAUAUCCUACAAAAUGACCGAGGCGCACCUGCUGCCGCGAGACGACGCCCAGUACUUCGAGGAGCAGCUCCUAUCGACGGCCGCCGCCAGCCAGGCUCCCAUUCGUCGCCAGCUUCGUUUCGUCGUCAGCUCUGUAGUGGAGAGCAAAGCCUCGCCCACCCUCCAGUCCCCGGCCAACGAGCAGCCUCUGAGUAUGCUGACGGCGGCCGGCGCGACGACCACCUCCGUCACGCCGAGCCCGCAGACGGCCGUGCUAAGCCCGGACUGGCAGAAGGCGGCCGCCACCGCCGGCCUCCCGUCGACGGCCGCCACUCCUGCGGCCACUCCGGCGGCCACUCCGGCGGCCACUCCGGCGCUCAGUCCGGCCGUCACGUCAGGAGUGGCUCCGGGAGUCCCUGCUGGUCAUCCGACGCCGGUGGACGCAGUCGGAGCGGCCCCGGCGGCCGUCCCGCUCUCUGCCGACGGCCCUCGGCUCGGAACGGCCGCCACCUCGCCAUCGCCGGCUGUCGCUCCGAACGCACCGGCCGGCGCCUCGCAGGCGUCAGCCGCGGCUCCGCCGGCGCCGGCCGCGACCGUGAAGACGCCGGGUGUCUCGCCGCAAACGUCGCUGGACGCCGUCGCUCCUCCGUCGUCGGGCGCGGCUAGCGACGGGCAGCCGGUCUCUCGCUCAGAGUCUGCCGCCCCUGCGGCGCAGAGGAUGGUGGUCACGCCUGCCUCGCACGCGGGGUCGGCGACGUCCGGCCUCGCGACGGUGGUGACCGCCGCUCACCACGUCUCGCCCGACCCCGCCGCCCACCUGGGCCCGCCGGCCGGCCCUGCUCACUCUGCCUUAGGGGGCGCUCUCGCCUCUAGCGUGGAGACGCUGGCGGCCGCCGCUCUGCCGGCGUCGCUGCGGUCUCAGGCGGCGGCGGCGGCGCUCGCUCACCACACGGCCGCGGUCGGGCCGACGCCUGUGACGAUCCCCUCGUCUUCCGGCGCCGCGCCGCAGCCGUGCGCAGCCACCGCCGCCGCCGAGGCGAUGGCAACUGCCGCCUGCAAACCGCCGUCGGCCGCCGCCGCCGUCUCGCCCCUAAGCUCAGCUCCUGACCCGGCGGAUGCUGACGCCGCUCCUGCUCCGCCGAUGGGCGGCGCCGCGCCCGGUCCGCUGGCGGUGAACGGGCCGGAGAGCGCGCCGUCGGCCGACGGCGCGGCCCCGGCCGUCCUUCCGGCGCCGGCGCCGGACGGGGAGAAGACCUCGCCCGAGCAGCAACCCUUGCCACAGGAUGGCCCCAGCAGCGUGGGCAACCUGGCUCAGCUGGCCAAGCAGCUGACGCGGCUGACGUCACAGCCCCCGGAGGGAGGCUCAGCGAGCGCGGCGCUGCGUGGUGGGGAGGUGGAUGCAUCGCCUGCACUCCGCCCCAGCCCGGAGACCGGCGGCGUCCUGGUCGCCGGCGAGCUGUCGCGGCCGGCCAGCACCACGGAGACACCUGGCGGCGAGCGACGGAAACCGCCGCCGCUGCUGCUAUCCGACCUGGCCAAGGAGCUCAACAAGCUGCACGGAAAGCCGGCCAUGCCGCACGUGACGUCCACGCCGCUGCUGUCGGCGCUGGACGAGCCGGCCGAGCCGGGCCCGCCGCAGAGCGACACCGUCGGCCCGGUGGACACCAGCCGCGGCCAGCCCGUCCACCAGAUGCCGUUCCAGGCAGCGGGCGAACUGUCAGACCUGCUGUAG